AUGCGUCGCAAGUCCGUCAAGCCCUCCGAAUAUCCGGCUCUGCCCUUCCAUAUCAUCCGGUUUACUGUCUUCGUCUCCUCUCUCAUCGUCGCCAUCAUCCUCGCUGUCUUUGCCUACAACCUCCACAGUGCCGACCAGAAGUUUCCUUGGGCCUUCCUCAUUCUUAUAAUCGCCGCCUUCCUCUCUCUUCUAAACAUCAUCCUAACCACCCUCAUCCACUGCUGCCAUGGCCUCUCUCCACGCCUCUCUCUAGUCACAAACUCCAUUGUCCUGGUCGUCUGGGCCGUCGCCUUCAUCCUCCUUGCCUGGGCGCUCUCACACACAAUCCUAACAACAUGUAACGCUACGUAUUGGGCCACAUCAACCGGCAUCUCCGUCUGUCGGACAUUCAAGGCCCUCUUCGCAUUCACCAUUAUCGGCGCCCUCGGCCUCAUCGCAUCAAUAAUCCUCGAUGUCAUAGCCUACCGUCGUCAAACUAGACUAGGCGAGUACGAUCCCAUGGCUCUCGAAGGACAUGGUCUGGCAGAGUACAAGACCGGAACGCACAAUCGGGACCCCAGCACCCUCUCGGACUCAUUCCCGCAUUCGAAUACCGGCCCCGGACCGAUGGAGGAUGAUCGCGCGCCACUUGUUUCUAAUGGGAGAUAUGAGAGUACACCUGCGCAUUAUAGAGGGCAUUCGGAGUCGAUGGAUAUUGGCGAGAGCAGACCGGCGGUGCAUCAGCCACCGCCGUCGUAUACCAGUAACCCGUAUUCUGACGGGCCGGGCCCGCAGUCGCAGCCGCAGCAGACGUACCCGGGGACGAGGAUGAGUGCCUACGAUAAUUUCUAUAGGCAGCAAACGAGUUAUGAUCCUGUGAUGUAUAGGUGA